AUGUCCGGCCAACCCAUGGAGCAGGACAAGUAUGUCGACACCGCCGUGCGCGCUGUCACCAACAAGCGACCCGUCCCCGAGAUUGAUUUCACUCUCCACACCAUGGAGGACGGCACCCAGGUUAGCACUCUGGAGAGAGUAUGCAAGGACGUGCAAGCGCCCGCCUUCCAUCCGCCGACCGACGAGCAGUUCUUCUCUCCCACAGAUCCCAACAAGCCCAACCUACAAUUCCUCAAGCAACACUUCUAUCGGGAGGGUCGUCUCACCGAGGACCAGGCGCUAUGGAUUCUGAGCGAGUGCACAAAGGUUCUCGAGAGAGAGCCCAACCUUCUGGAAAUGGAUGCUCCCAUUACCGUCUGCGGCGAUGUCCACGGUCAAUACUACGAUCUGAUGAAGCUGUUCGAAGUCGGCGGUGACCCUGCAGACACGCGCUACCUCUUCUUGGGUGACUACGUCGACCGUGGAUAUUUCAGUAUCGAGAUCUGGUACCCCAACACUUUCUGGCUCAUGCGUGGCAACCACGAGUGUCGCCAUUUGACCGAUUACUUCACCUUCAAGCUCGAGUGCAAGCACAAAUACUCCGAGGCUGUGUACGAGGCCUGCAUGAAGUCGUUCUGCGCCCUUCCCCUUGCUGCCGUUAUGAACAAGCAGUUCCUGUGUAUUCACGGUGGUCUCAGUCCCGAGUUGCACACACUUGAGGACCUCAAGAGCGUAUGUGCCGUCGCCUACCCAGACUGCGACCUUACUAAUGUUAUACGCAGNAUUGACCGCUUCCGCGAGCCCCCUACCCACGGUCUCAUGUGCGAUAUUCUCUGGGCCGACCCGCUUGAGGACUUUGGUCAGGAAAAAACGCAAGAAUACUUUGUCCACAACCAUGUCAGAGGUUGCUCAUACUUCUUCUCAUACCCUGCAGCAUGUGCCUUCUUGGAGAAGAACAACCUGCUUUCUAUCAUUCGCGCACACGAGGCUCAAGAUGCUGGAUACCGCAUGUACCGCAAGACCAGGACUACCGGAUUCCCUAGUGUCAUGACCAUCUUCAGUGCACCCAACUACCUGGAUGUCUACAACAACAAGGCUGCUGUCCUCAAGUACGAGAACAACGUCAUGAACAUCCGUCAAUUCAGUGAGUGCAGCCCUACAAACAUUAGUUUCUUUCAGCUAACAAUAAACNNAGACUGCACACCUCACCCUUACUGGCUGCCCAACUUUAUGGAUGUCUUCACAUGGUCGCUUCCUUUCGUUGGCGAGAAGAUUACCGACAUGCUCAUUGCCAUUCUCAACACCUGCAGCAAGGAGGAGCUCGAGGAAGAGACACCCCUCUCAUCUGGACCACACUCGCCGCCUCUCCCAUCAAACAGUGUUGCAAACAUGGACCCGGAUAGCACCGAGUACAAGCGUCGCGCCAUCAAGAACAAGAUUUUGGCCAUCGGUCGUCUGUCAAGGGUGUUCCAGGUUCUGCGCGAGGAGUCGGAGCGUGUUACUGAGCUGAAGACGGCCAGUGGAGGCAAGCUCCCUGCUGGUACACUGAUGCUGGGAGCCGAAGGUAUCAAGCAAGCAAUCACCAACUUUGAGGAUGCUCGCAAGGUGGAUUUGCAGAACGAGAGAUUGCCUCCAUCGGGUGAGGAGGUCAGAAGAAACAGCGAUGCUGCUAGACAUGAUGCUUUGACGCGUGCGGCGCAGGAAGCCGAGAACGAUCAGAAGCUGGCUGGUGUUGCCAGAAGGAUAAGCAUGUCGUCGGGCUCAGGUCGCAGCGCCAGACACUAA